CUUGCUCACCACCACAGCUCACUCCAUCCAUCCAUCAUCUGCCAUUGCCUCACCUACAGCAGCAGCAGCUAGCAUUUCCUUUGAGCAUUGUUAGAUAGCAAGGUCGUCCGGCGAUGGCCUUCAACCCUAACCCGCCGGGCCUCGGCUUCCCCUUCCCGUUCAACUCACCGCUGAAUACUAACGCUCCUCCGAACCCUUUCGGUCCUAGGCCGCUGCCACCACGCCCUCAAGCCCCGCCGCCACCGCGACCGCCGCCCGUUCAACCCCCACCGCCUCCCCGCCGUGCUCCACCUCCGCCUACGCAGCCACCUCCUCCCCGCCGUGCUCCACCUCCACCCACUCAGCCCCCUCCUCCACGCCGUGCGCCACCUCCGCCUACUCAGCCCCCUCCACCCCGUCGUGCCCCACCUCCGCCUCAGCCGCCACCCCCACCUCGGCGUGCGCCACCUCCGCCUACGCAGCCUCCACCCCCGCCACGCCGUGCCCCGCCUCCGCCCUCACCACCGCCACCGCCUCGCCGUGCUCCACCCCCACCAUCACCGCCCAUCAGACCACCGCCGCCGCACCCACUAGCCCCGCCACCGCCACCUAUCAGCCCGCCACCACCACCACCUAGCCCUCCACACCACAUGGUCAUCAUCGUUGUGUUCGUCUCAAUAGGUGGCCUCCUCCUGCUGGCGUGCCUCGCCGCCUUCUGUUGGCACAAGAAAAAGGGGAGGAAGACAGAAAGGAAGGCCGAGGUGUUGAACUUCAGCGACCAUGUCCAUGUCCACAAGUCGACCAUGUCAGGACCCGAGGACUCCAAGGUCGUCAGGCUGACAGUUGACGAGGAUGUCAAGUUCCAAGAGGCGGUCAAGAAGUCUGAAGCCGUUGGCGAGGCAUCGAGCAACGCAGCAGCAGGGUUGGCACCAUAUCACAGCACCUGGUUCUGGCACAAGAAACAUGAGAGCAAAGAGGAGCAGAAGGCAGAGCUCAUCAAUGUCACAGGACACAUCCAUGUUGAUGAGAAGAUUGUUGAGGGGCCUGACGGCAAGAAGAUCGAGAUACUUUCAGAAGAUGAAGAUGUCAGAUUUGAAGAGGCGGAUAAUGAAGAAGUAUCCGGUAAAUCAAAGACGCGCAUUACCAAGUUCUAAGAGGAGCCAUGGCGCACAGAAUCUGCUGCCAAGUUGGCCUACACUGGACACUUCAGCUUGAGGAAAUGACCAAAUCCAACACUGCAUGCAUUUAUUUUGAUAAGAUUGUAUCUUCUUUCGUGUGAUUGAAAUAAGGCGUCACAGACCCAAUCUGAUUGAAUGGAAUAUGUAAUUAAAGUUGCCAGCAGUUGCAUAUGAACAA